AUGCAAGAUCAAGAACCUUCUCGCCAGCAAGGAGACCAUGCUUCGAGUACCGCAGAACGAUUCUGGGCACUUCAUUGCAUGGGUCUUCUGCUUCUAUCACAGCUUCUUACGAGCUGCGAGGUUGUCGGCGUCGGCGUAUAUGGUACAUCAGAAGAUCAGCAAGAGAUGAAUCUUGAUGCUCCACUACAACUGUGCCACUCGGAGAUGGGUCGGGAACGUGUAGAGACUGCAUGCAGUGUCAUAGGCGUCGCGCACCAAAUUUCAAUGCUACUGAUGCACGAUACAUCCCUUGCGCUUGUCAUGCUGCAAACACCAGGCAAGCUUGCUGUCAGGGCCUCAUUGACGCCCGCCAGCAGGUCAAAUACCCAUAGUGAGCAGGACAUACAAACCGCAAUACCCCCACCCCAAAUGAUCCAAGCCGCACCCACUACCAACGCAACUAUUACUACUACCGAGUAUUUUGAAGCUCCGUCAUUCACGAACAGAACCCUGUGGAACAUUAUCUCCAGCUCCGUUCUCACUAUUUUCGCAUGUACAUACAGCUCUAUCCAUCCAAAUAUCCCGAGUCCUAAGGACAGCCCAUUUUGUAUCCUACGGCGACGACUUGUCAUCAUGAUAGUGGCACUAAUUGCUCCUGAACUCGUCGUAGUAUGGGCAAUGCGCCAGUGGCUUAGCGCUCGUAAGGUUACAAAAGACUACAAGGAAUCAGGGUAUUUCAAUGCUGCUCGGCCGCAGAAGCAGUCUGAAAAUCAUGAGUUGGCUGAAGUGCCUGCAGAGCAACUUGAAGGUGAGCUCGACAUUCUAUCUUACAUCCUGAAUAUGCUUCCUCAUGGCUCGCCUGCUUCUGAAGAUCAUGAUAGCGCCCGGCUUCUCGUAGCGCCUGCUGAAGUGUCCACCUCAAGAUAUGGAGGAACUCAUGCUCUUGCGAAACCAUUCAAACAGUUAUUUCCAGCUUACUUUUCAGAUCAAUCCGAAGAUUACGCGUGGACUCAGACCCACAGCUUCUUUGUGCUGAUGGGCGGGUUUAUGCUUUAUGUAGAUGGGGAACCCUGCCGUACACUACUGCCUGACGGGGUUCUCAAGCUGAUAGGUGAAGGGUGUAUUGAUGCCCCUACCCUAACGGCAAGGCAGAUCAGCGACCGGAGCAAAGGCAAUUUGAUAUCGAAAGGAUUGAUCAUCCUUCAGGUGGCCUGGUUCAUCCUGCAGCUGAUCACCCGCGCGAUUUAUCACCUCGAAACCACCCAGCUGGAAACAGGGACACUCGCGUUUGCGGUUCUCAAUUUCCUGACCUAUGCUGUGUGGUGGAAUAAGCCUCUCGAUGUUCAGUGUCCAUAUCCGGUGUACUGGAAGUCAACCGAGUCAAAGCCAGAGGAUCACAUUGAUGGUGUUAAUCAUGAAGACCAUGUGAUUAUCGCGAUCUUGAAGGCAAUCUUUGGUCCAUUUUUAGAACUGAUGAGCUUAUACGUUCCCAUACGUAAGCUCCGAGUUCCUACAUUUGAUGGCAGCAUCAAACUAGAAACCUCGGACCCUUCGAUAUUGAUACUUGUAUUUUCCGGAAUGCUGAUUGCGACCAUCUUUGGCGGCAUCCAUUGUAUGGCUUGGUCUUUUGCCUUUCCUACAAACCAAGAACAGGUCCUGUGGCGCAUCAGUGCCGUCGCUAUAACUUGCACACCCUGGAUUGAAGUCAUUUUGCCUGCAAUCACUAAAGUUGUAGGCCUAGGUAACAUAAUGUAUAUGGUUGCUGCGCAUAUGUUUGGCCUGUUGUACAUUGUAUCUCGUGGUAUCCUCUUGGUACUUAUGUUCACGACAUUACGCAAUCUUCCUCUUGACGCAUACAAGACGGUGUCCUGGACUAGUUUUGUGCCGCACUUGUAA